GACAGCCACACCUCAGCAAGGUCUAACUUUGGACAGCAAAGUUCAAGUGAACUAACAGACACAAACUAUAAAAAGAGUCCUGAACCAACAUAGAAGGAGAAUCUUUACCGCAUUGCCCUCCGAAGCUACUUGAAACAAGGCCUUAGAGGGGACAAAGAAAAGGAAAUGGAUCAUCUCCUAUAAUACCUGGAAUCAGAUCCAAGCCUGGAGAGAAAAUGACGACAAGGUUGAUCAAAGAAACACAAAGACCUUAAAAAAGUGAAGAUUUCAUCAACAGGGAUGCAAAGUUCAUUGGCACUGGAAAGACACUGAAAAAAUGAGACUCCAGAACUCCCUCUAUUAUGUGUCAACACUACUGGUCGCCAGACUCUCUAAAGACAAUAAUGCAAUAGCAGUGGGGGUAUAAGGAAGAGGAGUUCAGUAAAGCAAUCUGGAAGUUUCUAUUUUGCUGCCUUUAUCUUAAAAGACACAAAGAUCUUCACUUUCCUAAAAGACAAGGAAGCUGUGGUUCCCAGGUGUCAAUUUACCAAAGGCCGCCAAGCUGGUUAAGUGGCAGAGCUCAGGUUUAAAAUAAGGGUUACAGUAGAAGAUAGCAACACUGACAAUGGAGCCCUUAUAUGAGGAAUAUCUCACACAUGGUGGAACAAUAGUCAAACCCUAUCACUGGUUAAAUUUCUCUCUAGACUGCAUUAACUGUCCUUACCAUAUCCGGACAGGUGAGGAAGCAAGAGUUCCCUACGCAGAAUUUCAUCAGAUUUUUGGCUUUCCUUAUGGGCCAACGUAUCCUCCAACAAAACACCUCACAUUUUAUGAACUAAAAACUUCUUCUGGUACCCUGGUCCAAAAAGGGCACGCUAGCAACUGCACCAGGAAUCAAACCCACCCAGAAUCAAUGCUAUUUGAGAUGAAUGGUUAUCUUGACACAGCAAUAUACAAUAACAGCAGCAUUAAGCAUAUCAUUCUGUAUUCAAACAACUCCCCUUGUAAUGAGGCUAAUCACUGUUGCAUCAGCAAAAUGUACAACUUCCUGAUGAUGUAUCCAGAUAUCACUCUUAGUGUUUACUUUUCUCAGCUCUAUCAUACUGAAAAUGAAUUUCCUUCCUCAGCAUGGAACCGCGAAGCUCUCAAGAGCUUGGCCAGCUUGUGGCCCCAGGUAACACUGAGUCCAGUAAGUGGUGGGAUGUGGCAUUCUCUCCUUAACAACUUUGUUAAGGGUAUCUCAGGAUCAGCUGCUUUCCAGCCCAUUUUAACAGGGAGAGCCUUGGCUGACAGGCACAAUGCAUAUGAAAUAAACGCCAUAACAGGAGUAAAACCUUACUUCAAUGAUGUUCUUCCCCAGACAAAAGGAAAUCAGAACACGAAAGCUCAGGCAGCUAUAGGGAGAUAUCCCUUAAACAAUGUCUUUCUGGGACAGUCCUUCCAAGGGACAAGUGGACAACUGCAACACAAACAGACUCCAGACCUCAGGAUUCCUGUUGUUUUUGUGCUGGUGCCUUACAGAGAUCUACCGCCAAUCCAGGUUGGUCAAAAUCCACAUAAACCCAGGCAUGUGGUAAGGCACUUAAAUACGCCUCAAAUGUCAAUCUACGAAAGCAAAGACUCAAAAAACUUCCCACCAGAAGAUUAGAGGAGAUAGUGGAAACCACAGAACAGUCUGCAAGUAGCAAAGAGGCAGAUAAAAAGAAGAGAAGAAACACAAAUCUAAAUAUU